AUGGGUUAUCUUAACUUCACCAGUGGAAAUGAGACUUUACCUUGCAGGCACCCUUAUACCGUGCAGACCUCUGUACCUCUGACAGUCCUGGUGGGUAUCCUCAUCCUGCUAACUGUGUUUGGCAAUGUCAUGGUAGUAAUUGCUGUGAUCACAAGCCGAGCCUUGAGAGCACCUCAGAACUUGUUUUUAGUCUCUCUGGCUUGUGCAGACAUCCUGGUUGCCACCUUAGUGAUGCCAUUCUCUUUAGCGAAGGAGCUGAUGGGUUGCUGGUGCUUUGGUGAAGUGUGGUGUAAAAUCUACCUGGCUUUGGAUGUGCUCUUCUGCACCUCAUCCAUCUUCCACCUGUGUGCAAUAAGCCUGGACAGAUACUGGUCUGUCACGCAAGCGAUUGAGUACAACCUGAGAAGGACGCCGCGCAGGAUUAAAUGCACAAUCUGCCUGGUUUGGGUACUUGCGGCCAUCAUUUCAAUCCUUCCGCUGAUCACGAUGGAAAAUUACAAGGAUAAAGAGAAAAGCCCUGAAUGUGACAUUAACAGGGAGAAAUGGUACAUUAUUUUCUCCAGCACCGCCUCCUUCUUUGCACCCUGUUUCAUUAUGACUAUAGUGUACGUUAGAAUCUACCAGAUUGCCAAGAGAAGAACAAGAGCCCCGCCAGGAGAAAGGCAACGAGAAAAUGGCAACUCAGAAGACGCGAAGAUUGGUUCGGAUCCCCUGGAGAGAAAAGACAGAGACGAGAGGGAAGUAAAAGUGGGUGACGGUAACGAGGUCAAUGGGUUAGAUGUGGAGGAAGAACCUUCCUCGUCUGAUGGGAACGAAACCAUCCUGUGCUCCCUGAGGAAGAAGAAGGGAAUGAGACUGAGUAAAGUGACUCAGGUGAAUCCUGGGGAAACCUCUCCAAAGCCAGAGACGCAGCCUUGUGUCAGAGUGAGCAGGUGGAAAGGAAGGCAGCACAGGGAGAGGCGCUUCACCUUCGUUCUGGCUGUGGUUAUGGGAGUGUGUGUUCUCUGCUGGUUCCCCUUUUUUUUCACGUACACGCUCUCUGCUGUGUGCGACAGCUGCAUCCCAGAGACGCUCUUCAACAUAUUCUUCUGGUUUGGUUACUGCAAUAGCUCACUCAAUCCCGUUAUAUACACGAUAUUCAAUAAUGACUUCAGGAAGUCUUUUAAAAAGAUUCUUUGUAAAAGGGACAGAGGAGGUUUGUGAGUAAUACUUUUAUACAUGCACGUCAAAUACAAAAGCUUUUUGGGUCGUCUACAUUAAGUCUCCUAUCUUUGUAAAUACAACAUUAAAAAAUAUUGGAAGAUAUUUACUGAAUAUUUGGAGAAAGAAAAUCAAUUGCAGCUUAAUUUCAUUUUGUGUUUUAGCAUUUUGUUGUCAAUAAAUGGUUGUUUUGUAAUAUUACAGUAAUAAUAUUCAUACAAAAUAAUCUAAUGUGCAGUUUGUUUUGCAGAUACACUGAGACUGUGAGAUCAGACUUUACCAUUGUGUAACUCUAACAACAUAGACAACACAUUUUUCACCAGUUAAAUUACUGUUUUGUGACAGUAAUUUAACUGGUCAGGCUGAAUGCAUGCUCCUAAAUGAUAUUCUUGUUGGUAACAUGACACGAGACCAAUAUUAUAGUAUUUAAACUGUCAUGGCUGCAUCAAAUGGAUGGUUCAUACUGCAAUGGAAGGAAAUGUGUACUCGUGUUAAUUGUACAAUAUGUUACAAUGCUGUAAAUGCCCUGAAAUGUUAAUAGUUUGUAAAUAAGAAUGGUCAA